AUGGCACAGCGAUUAACAUCAGCAUUUUUGAACUGGCGGGAGCAUAUAACAGCCGCCAGUAAAAGCUCGAAUUUUGAAACGACUGGAAUGAUAAGUCCUGAUGAGUUUGUUCUAGCAGGCGAUUAUUUAGUAACAAAGUUUCCUACUUGGAGUUGGGAGUAUGGCGAUCGCAUUCGAGGAUUUUUACCUAAAGACAAGCAAUAUUUGGUAACCCGGCAUGUCUUGUCUGUACCUAGAGAGAUCAAUAUUGAUGUCAAUGGAGAUUGGGUGGAUGUAGACACGGAAGAUUCCAAGUUUAAGCUUUCAGGCAUGGACGACACUUCAUCCGUAAGUAGUAUUCAUAGCGAGCAGAGCGGGUCUUUGCCUCAAGAACGAUCUAAUAGUGCUUUCGGAUCUACUAAAAUUGCCGGUAAUUUGUCAGAUUCCGAAAGUUUACCGCUACAGGAUGAAGAAGAAGAUGACCUGCAGAUGGUUCCCCUUAGCGUUCCUCGAAACGAAGCUCGAAGAUAUGAUCUGUACAUUGUAUAUGACAAAUAUUAUCGAACCCCGAGGUUAUUUCUUCGUGGGUGGAAUGUUGGUGGCCAGUUACUAUCCAUGAAAGAUAUUUACGAAGACGUAUCCGGAGAGCAUGCUGGAAAGACUGUCACCAUGGAACCCUUUCCUCAUUAUCAUUCUCAUAAUACAAUGGCCAGUGUUCAUCCGUGUAAACAUGCUAGCGUCCUGCUGAAGCUCAUAAAGCAGCACCGAGCAAGAAACGAGCCGAUUCGUGUAGAUCAAUACAUGGUCCUCUUUUUAAAGUUUGUUUCGACCAUGCUUCCAUACUUUGAAAUUGACUAUACCAUGCAAGCCUAA